GGCAUAUGUCAGUCAGACAGCAAAUAAGUUUACAAACUUUAAAUUCUAACCUAAAACUUUUGAGUAAAUCAAAGAAGUAAAUACAUAAUAGAAAUGCCACUUGAUUACAGAAGAUUUAACGGCCCAGAAGAUAGUGUGUCAUACAAGCGGUUUACCAAGGAAUAUUUGAAGACAUAUGAUGAGGUUUUCAAAGAACUACUCGACGACAAAGCAAUACGCAAAGAUGGGCGGGCGCUGGAUGAAUCCCGCAGCAUGUGUAUGUUUUUUGCCAGGACUGAUAUGGUCUCGCAAGCCAAAGGUUCAUCAUAUGUGGAGAUGAGGAGAACAAAAGUUAUUUGUUCAGUAUUUGACCCUAGAGAAAUUCCACAUCAAAAUGAAUUCAGCCAACUUGGCCAAAUAUUUUGUGAAGUGAAAUUCGCGCCUUUUUCGUGCCCGCGCAAACGCCGCCCGCACGCUCCUGACGCAGAAGAAAGAGCCUUGUCAGUGGCACUGAGACAGGCCCUAGAACCUACUGUCUGCAGACAUCUUUUUCCUAAUUAUCAGAUUGAUGUCUUCAUUUACAUUCUCGAGCACGACGGAUCAUGUCUAGCAGCAGCCAUAAAUGCUGCUGGCCUGGCUCUAGCUGAUGCAGCAGUUCCAAUGUAUGACAUCAUUACAGCAUGCUCGGUCGCUAUUGUUGAUGACACAAUGUUUGUAGACCCCACGGAAGCUGAAGAACAUAUAGCUAUGACAAGUCCGGAGACAAGCGGAAUAAAUCACGGAGUUGUCACAAUGUCUAUGCUCUCUGGUCUGAAACAAGUGUCAGAUUUCACACAAAUUGGCUCAAUAGAUGUUGAAUGUGUUACGAAAAUUAUUGAUUUGUUAGAGGGUGAGUGUGAAAAAAUUGUGCCUAACAUACAGAAAGUGUUGGUUCAGAAUGUGGUACAAAAUGUUGAGCAACAAAAGAGGUUGCAAGCAGAGGCUAAAGAGAGGGAAAAAAUGCUGAAUUUGAAGCUUGAAGAGUGGAAAGCAUUAUUAAAUGCUGGAUGAUGAAUA